UUGGAGUUUAACACUGAAGAAAAAGAGCAUGCGCUAGAUAUCAAAACACAGAGCGCAGACGAACCUCGGCAUGUGUCACAUUCACCACGGGGCUGUCAGGAAUUUCAUACUUUGCUUCCAAAACAGCUCGAGGACACACAGAAGCGAGCGAGUGGAGAGAGUGAGAGCGUGGUGUCGAGUGUGUAGAGGUUUUGUCCUGAAUGCUGUGGCAUUUUCUCACUAUUCUCUCCAGUUCAGGGAUGUAAAAUGUAAAUUCUCUGUUAGGUCACUAUAGACUUGUCCUGUGUCCCCUCUCCCUUUCACACUCUCCUGACCCUUGUGGAGCAGACAUGUGUGGAGGUCAUGCCUGGCGUUUGUUCCCAGGGGACGAAUGAUCUCAGAGGCGCGUAAACGCCGAAGCAGGAUUAUGUUUUUGGGGAGAUUAGCGGCCAUUUUGCACCUGAUUUUCUGGGUGGAGAUCGGCUGCUCUGAUUCACCCACAUCAUGCUGGACGGCAGGGAACUGGAGCUGUAUGGAUCCCGAGCCGUAUCUGCUCGUUGGCCUCAGAAACGUCAUUCUCCGGAUCAACCUGGACGGCGGCGGGCGAAAAAGGCUGGCGUCUGGCGUGGGAAACGCCGUCCUGAUGGACUUCCACUACAGGGAAGGGAGAGUGUAUUGGGUCGACACACACACAGGCGUCCUGAGUCGGGUCGACUUGGACGGGACACACGCUCAGAAACUUCUGUCACUGGGGAAAGGAAUCUCAGGCCUGGCUGUGGACUGGAGAGAAAACUCGGUGUACUGGAGCAGCAGGAAAACAGGGACGAUCCGGAGAGCAGAUCCAGACGGACACAACGUAAAAACCGUCCUGAGAGACCUGACUCAGCCGAGCAGCGUGAUUAUCGAUCCAAAUGCAGGAUAUGUGUUCUGGCUGUCGGCCGGCGUGAUGUCCAGUAUCCAGCGCUCGGAUCUGACGGGAGCUCUGAUCACCACGGUGCUGAAAGUCCCAGACAGAUUGCUGUGUUUGGCCGGUGAUGCUGUGGAGAGGAAGCUGUUCUGGAUUCAGCACGGUGUGAACGAACUCAGCGCUCUCGGCUCCUGCGAUUACAACGGCAACGUCGUUAACAUCAUCAACCAGAGAUUAAGCAGAACGAAGUCCCCGAAGAUGUCGCUCUUCUCGGAUCACGUGUACAUAACGGACUCUGCGUCACAGAGCGUAAUGAGAGUUAACAGGCACACGGGAGAACCUCCCGAGAAAGUCAACUCCAAAAAGCUGCCGAGCGUUCCUGUCGAUGUUACAGUGAUCCAUCCGAUGAAUCAGCCUGUGGUGGAAACCCGUGCUGCGUUCACUCCGGUGUGUGAGACAGAUGAGUGUGUGAAUGUGUGUUCCAGCUCUAGUGGUCACUGUAAGUGCAAACCCGGCUUCACGCUCAGCAAACACGGCGACUCCUGUGAAGAUGUAAACGAGUGUGCUUUGUGGAAUCACGGCUGCUCUCUGGGGUGCGAGAACGUUCCGGGUUCUUAUUUCUGCACCUGCCCUGAAGGAUACGUUCUUCUGCCUGACCACAGAACCUGCAGAGAAAUGAAGCCAUGUGUGGAGAAUGGUACACUCUGUGAACACGCCUGCACACACACACUAGAGGGCGACGUGUGUGUGUGUCCACUUGGAUCCUCCCUAGAACCUGACGGACGUUCCUGCACAGGGUGUGUGUCUGUGGAUCGAGGUGGCUGUAGUCAGGUGUGUGUGACGUUGUCGCCCGGGAGGUGGGAGUGUGAGUGCCAACCUGGAUACCAACUACAGCCAGAUGGCAAACAAUGCAAAGCCCCAGGUCCUCCAGCGUUGAUGCUCUUUGCUAACAUGGUGGACGUGAGGAGUGUGAAUGUGGACGGAUCAGAGAGCAGGAGUCUGUUGAGUGAAUCUAAACGCUCCAUCAUGGCUGUGGAUUACGACCCUGUGCAGAACAGAGUGUAUUUUGCCGACACUGAGCGUAGACAGAUUGAGAGCGUGUCUGUAGAUGGAGGUGAGACAGAAGUGCUGAUCAUUGAUCUCGUCUCUCCUGAGGGAAUCGCUGUGGACUGGAUCAACCGCAAACUCUACUGGACAGACAGAGGGGUGUCCUCAGUGUCUCGUAGCCGACUGAACGGUCUGGACAGUACGGUGCUGAUUCACGACAAACUCCUGCAGCCAAGAGACGUGACGGUUCACCCUCAAGCUCAGAUGAUAUUCUGGACGGAUGUGGGUUUCCCCGUGGCGGUUUGGAAGGCAGGUCUGGAUGGAAAGGACCGCGCGGUGCUGAUCGGUUCAGGACUCGUCUCUCCCUGCGGCAUCACCGUGGAUCACAGCACACACACGCUGUACUGGAGCGACAUCGGAGCUGGACGCAUCGAGUCAGCGAGACUGGACGGCUCACACCGACACACACUCACACGCGAGCAAGUAGGUCGUCCGUUCGACGUGGCGGUGUUUGAAGACACUCUGUGGUUCACUAACUGGGAAGAUAAUCACAUUUAUCGUCUGGAUAAAAGAACAGGAAGUGAUGCGGAACGGCUCAGUGUGGAUUCUGUCCAACCGGCUUCACUCGUUAUAGUGCAUCCUCUCGUUAAACCAGGGGCGGACCUUUGUCUCCAUGGAAACGGGGGGUGUUCUCAGCUGUGUGAGAGCAGACUCGGAUUGGCUUAUUGCUCCUGUCACUCACAGCACGUCCUGUCAGCUGAUGGCAAAACCUGUCUUCCUGUAGAUACCUCAUCCUCGUCUUCCUCCUCUACCUCUUCUUCAUCAUCUACAGGGUCAGGUGAUGGAGAAUGGAGUGACCGACUGAAGAAUAAAUCCCUAAACGAUGAGAGCUCCCCUCUGUCUCUGUCCUCUGAACGAGAACCCUUCACUGAGAAGAUGGUGUCAGAUCAGGACGAGUGUUUCUCUCUGAGCUGUGAUGUGAACGCGCAGUGUGUGCUGGAGGACGGAGGUUCAGCGUGUCGCUGUCUGAGCGGCUUCACCGGAGACGGACAGUUGUGUAUGGAUAUUGAUGAGUGUGUGACAGGUUUGGCGGAGUGCACCAGCCCUCAGUCGGAGUGUGUGAAUACACCAGGUGGAUAUUUCUGUCAGUGUGGAGUGGGGUUUAACAGAGACGGACACCACUGCAUCGAUGUGGAUGAGUGCCGUUUGGAGCUGCACAGCUGUGAUGGGAACGCCGUGUGUGUGAACACUCCGGGUGGAUACGAGUGCAGGUGUAGAUUUGGAUACACAGGAACGGGAUUCAGCUGCAGCGUGGAGCGUAGUGGCGCCCCCUCCAGGCCGAGCUCAGCGACUCCGCUGGACGUGACGACGCCGUGGCAGCGUGGGGACGUGGUGGAGAUCUGUCCAUCCACACACGACUCCUACUGUCUCCACAACGCUGUGUGUUUCUACUUUCCCGAGAUGGAGACUUACGCCUGCAACUGUGUUGCAGGUUAUAUGGGGGAGCGUUGUCAGUACAGUGAUUUGGAGUGGUGGGAUCUGCAGCAGGCCGAACAGGAGAAGAGGAGAAACACCGCCAUCGCUGUGUGCAUCACUUUACUCCUCCUGCUGCUGUCCAUCACAGCCAGCAUCACCUACUGCUACAGGUACUGCUACAGGUGCAGGAGGUGUUCAGGAGCGCGAGCUGCAGUGGACGUGGUCAGUGAGACGAGUGUGUGUGAGGAGAGCGUCACUGAAACACCGUCCAUCAGCCCGCAGUUCUAUGUGGUGCUGGAUCACAGAGUGUGUAACGAUGAAAAGAUGGUCCACGUGAUCGGUUCUCAGAGAAGAGGAGUGUGUCCAUGUUGCUCCUCAGAAACAGGAGAGAGUGUUGUCUCUGAAGACACUGGGAUUCAGAAAACACUUGUGGAUUUUGCAGACACACCGGAGUCGUGUAUGAAGCCCAGCGUUAAUCUGAUCUCUCUGGACGACUCAAACACACCAUCACUGAUCUGAACAUCUGCUGCCUGUGUGUGUGUGUGUGUGUGUGUGUGUGUGUGUGAGUGUGUGUGUGUGUGUGUGGGGUUUCCUCGCUGUAUAACCAGAGAUCUAUUGUGUGUGAUUAUUAGAGUUUGGGCUGUGAUGAUGUAUUGAUGUGAGGGUGUCCUGCGAUAAUAAAUAGACUAAAAUAUCAGUAAUGACAAACACACAUCAGUAUUCAGAGCUCAGACGUAACUACAAACUUAAUCACUAUUCAGAAGUUACGUGAGUGUUACGCACCUGGGGGGCGGAGUUUGUCUAAAACAGAGGCGUGUCUCAGUCACAUGCUGCUGUCUGACAGUUUGAUGUAACCUCAAUAUGUCAAGUUUAUCCUAAUACACUCAACCACACAAUAUACAACACAUAACUAUGACACUAUUGAUUAAAUAAUAAUAUCUUCCCUUUAAAGUCCAUGAAAAGUUUUUAUUCUUACAGACGACUUUGGACGAGACGCAUCUUAAUCUCGAGGAGUGAAUUAUUUAGGACUAAAAUGAUGAAUGAAGUUAACGUUUCUCUGUAAGCGUACAGCAGAUGAGUGCUUGGUCAGCUUAUCCUUCAAACCGUGGACAUGUUUUCUUUAUAGGAGAGCACACUGAAUUAACACAAAGAUUAGAAACAUAUAAAAUCUCCUACAUCCCACAAAACACACACAUCAUGAUCUCCUGACCUCGAUUUAGUAUCUCGUGGAGUCAUUACUUUGUGUGCGCUAGUAACAUUCAGAGCACGAUAUAACAACAGUCUGUGCUGGAUCAUGUGCUAUUCUACAUUCUGUGCUGCUGAGAAAUGAGUGAGUGUGGAAGCCAUUUUGUUCCAUUAAACCAGUGAUUAAUGUGAUAAUUACAACUAGGACUAUUCAUGCAGCAAUAUAUCAACAGUGUACGAGAUUUCUAUCACAUUUAUUUCAAUACUCGCCAUCUUCUCUUUUAUAUAUCAGAAUGAAAUGUGGGCGGGGUCAGACUAUACGCACACAACAGUGGUUUUAAGUUAAACCAGCUUUAAUUAUGUAAGAAGAGUUUAUAUGUGGCACAAUGGUAAUGUUAACGAUAGCAUCUUGCUAGUUUGUUUACUUCAGGCUUUUGUAAUAUAUAAAUAAAUAAAUGAAUAAAUAAAUAAAUUCAGCCCGUAAAAUAGCUCCGCCCACAAUCAUAACAGACAACUCUUAAUGCACGUGUAGUUUUAAUAGAGAUGGGGAACUUGUCAGUUUUUCAAUGAACAAUAAUAUGGAAAUUUUAUUGAAAUGACAAACUUUUAAUGUUAACAAAAUCAUUAAUUAUCGUUAAAUAAUUUCUUUAUUUAUAUAUUUCUUUAUAUUAAUGUGUGCUUGUUAUUUCGAGCAAAUUCAAAAUGUAGAUAAGAUUCCCUCUCAUUUCAGCUGAAUUUCAGAUUUUCCUGUUCACUAAUAUUUCUGAUUGUUAUUUUAUAGGAUAUAAGAUGCUCUGUCUGUAGAUGACACUGUCUGUAAUGUAUGAGAAGAGAAAGAGGAUGGAUAGAGAGAAACCCGUGAAGGAAAUAAAAGCUUUGUAGCAUUAGUGUAGCAUUAUAACAUGCUUAGUUAAUUGAUGCUAAUAAUAACAUCGCCAUCGGCUCCCAGUUUAUUACAUAUAACGAGCUAGUAGCUAAUAAACUAGCAUUCUGUACGACUAUAAAGCUAAUAAUGUGGAGUAUUUCUGAUUUCUCUCUUUCGUUUUGUUCAUGAUACAAAUACAGUAUGAAAUAAACACGUUUUGUGUAAAUGCCCCGAAUGUUCUUAAUCAUUUUCAGGAACUAAAAUAGAACCAGAAUUGAUAUUAAAGUAAAUUUUUUUGUGCGCUUGUUUGUUGAAGUUCUUCUAACAAUAGACUAAGAGCUUUAUUACAAGGCACUUUUACAGAAAUCUGUAUUUUGACCCCAAAUGAGGAACCACAGGUAAGAAGAUAUUGGCAGAGAACAUUGGGAGGCAGCCAUGACAGGAACCGAUGUCUUGCACAGAAAUCUGUAACAGUGAGCAAUGUU